GGGGCACACCUGUCUUUGACUCGCUGAUCCUAUUGUUACACACGCACACAGACUCUCUCUCUCUCUCUCUAUCCCUCUCUCUCUGGUGUCUUCAUCUUCGUCAAAUUGAACUCCUCUUGCGCUCACAGAUCAAAGCAUAAUUUCUUUCUUCUUUUGCUUUUUCCCGCAUCGUUCGAUCUCUCAUUAUUCCUGCAUUUUAAUUAGCGACCUCGUUUCGAUCACCGCCUGCCAAUGGCCGCCGAAACUAGAGUGACGGAGAACUGCGCAGUGGAGAACGGGGUGUGCUCGUCGGAAUCGGUCAGUGGAGCCGAAGACGUCUGGAGUGGCAACCUAUCCGAUGCCUCCUCCGCCGAUCAUCUUGUCGUCAUGGUUCAUGGAAUUCUCGGAAGUUCUUCGGAUUGGAAAUUUGGGGCUGAACAAUUUGUUAGAAUACUCCCUGAUAAAGUAUUUGUUCAUUGUAGUGAACGAAAUAUGGCAAAACUGACAUUGGAUGGUGUGGAUGUAAUGGGUGAACGUUUGGCAGCAGAGGUCCUCGAGGUGAUCAAACAAAAGCCAGGUCUACGCAAGAUAUCCUUUGUUGCACAUUCAGUUGGAGGUCUGGUUGCAAGGUAUGCCAUUGGGAGAUUGUUUAGACCUCAUAGAAGGGAAAAGUCGGAGGACUUAUUGCCUAAUUCCUGUGAAGAGGAGUCAAAGAGUUCAAUUGGUGGGUUGGAGCCCAUGAACUUCAUUACUGUCGCCACACCUCAUCUUGGCUCAAGGGGUAAUAAACAGGUACCCUUUCUUUUUGGUGUACCUGUAUUUGAGAAAGUCGCUGGUCUUUUUGUUCAUUGGAUAUUUAAGAAAACUGGCCGGCAUCUUUUUCUUACUGAUGAUGAUGGUGGAAAGCCUCCAUUGCUCAAACGCAUGGUUGAAGACUACGGUGAACUUUACUUCAUGUCUGCCUUAGGUUCCUUUAAACGGCGAGUGGUAUAUUCAAAUGUUGGCUAUGACCACAUAGUGGGCUGGAGAACAUCAUCUAUUAGACGUAACAGUGAACUUCCUAAGUGGGAUGAUUCUCUAAAUGAAAAAUAUCCUCAUAUAGUAUAUGAAGAGCACUGUAAAGCAUAUGAUGUUGAGCAGAAUGAGCCCACUGUAACGGGAGAUGAUGGUACAGAUGAGCUAGAAGAGGAGCUUGUGACUGGCUUAUCACGUGUAUCAUGGGAAAAGAUAGAUGUCAGUUUCCAUAGUAGCAGGCUCCGGUUUGCUGCCCAUAGCGUGAUUCAGGUCAAAGACUAUUACAUGCAUUCUGAAGGUGCAGAUGUCAUACAACAUAUAAUUGAUCAUUUUCUUAUUUGAUGCUCUUGGAAACAAGGCAUUACAUCUCGGUCAAGCACGCUUCCCACGGCUUAGGUUGAAAAGCAAAAAGGGCUCAUAUCAAUCACCAAGCAGUAAGAUUUUUUUAUUAACUCUUGAUGUCUUCAACUUCAAAGGUACAAUAACACACACUGCCUAUCAAUGAAGUGGAAAUGAGGCAUUCUAAUGUUUCAAAAAUUCCGUUUUCUUCUAUAUACACCAUCUAACAAUUGAAUAAUCCUAGGUCGUUCUUUGCUGAACAAGUUUGGCCCUCGUAGUUUGGUUACUUCUAGGUAUAAUCUUGUACAGAACAAAUAGAAUGAUAUAUGAUAUCGUUGCUGGGGAAGUAUCGGAAACAUUUUUGGAGGUGGUCAUGGUGUAUGGAAACGCUACAUUUUUUUCCCCUUAAAACCUAUCUUUUUAUUUGUGUUUAUUAACUUUAUUUUUGCUUUUAAUGAGUAAUUUAAAUAAAUGAUUAUUCUUGCCUUAUAAAAACAAUGCUUUGUUU